UCGUAUAAUCGCAUAACGUGCUUUGUACGGCCGCUCUCCGGUUAUGAUCUCAGCUGCACCGGUUUUGAUCUCGUAAUUUCUCAACCGGAGCUAUUUACAUGUUCUUGAUCGGACUUCUGGUUUUUAUUUGUUUCUCCGUAUAUUAUUCCGUCGUGUUAUCUCACACUCUUACAUUUUUAUACGAGUAUUACUAUGGGCCUUUGUAAUAUCGAAUGCGUGGAGAAAAUAGCGCGAUAUCUGGAUGUUUGUCCGGGGAAAUUAGAAGUUUCUAACAACAAACAUAUAGUACUUGGUCCAGAAUCUAAGGAUUCAUUGCCCAUUCAGGGAUUUAGCACCAUUGUGCAAGCACUUCUGAGAAGAUCCAAAUAUUCCGAUUUACUUGGCAAUGACAAGGAAGCGCAAGCUCUGACGCAGCAGUGGUUGGAAUACAUAACGGUCUGCAUCAACUACGCCGAUCUUCCAGCCAAUGCCAAGAGAGUGUUCCAUGAACUGAAUACGGUAUUACAAGAUGUGACGUAUAUAACUGGCACAGAGAAGACUCUUGCAGACAUCGCACUGUAUUACGUCCUCCAUUCUUUAAUGAAGCAACUGAGCCAUCAAGAGAAGGCGCAGUAUAUUCAUCUCUCAAGAUGGUUCGACAAUGUUCAGCAAGAAAAGAAGCUUAGAAACGAAUUGGAUGUUGUGUCUUUUGAGUUGGUUUAUUUAUUUCGGUCAUAAGAUAAAAUUCAAUUCUUGUUAUUCCUAUUAAAAAAAAAAAAGUAUUACACGCGUCUAUAUCCCAGCUACAUUUGUAUAUUACAAUAUCUUAACAAUUAUUUAUACUCUUGUACAAUAAUAAAAACUAUGUACAGAA